UUCAAACCAAAGAGUUAACCUAACCCAACUCAAUUUUUCAAAUUUCAAACAUUUGUGAGUUGUGCUGUGGGAGCAAAAACAGGGUCUGUCUCUGUUAAAAUUUUCAAUUUUUUGGGUUGAAUGAACAUGGAAAUAACUUGAACCCACCAUGUCAAUAGUUUGCACCUCUAAUUUGGGAUGGCUGAUAUCCCAUUGCGAUUACAUUUCAUCUGUAUAUGAACAUAUGCCUUUGGGCAAACAAAUGAAAUUGAAAAAAGAACUGUUUGAGAUAAAUGUUCCAUAUAUUCGAAAGAAUAAACGGGGAAAAGCCCCAGAAUGUGCUAUUUUGAAGAAAGCACAUAUAAAAAACGUUGAAGUACUAUGGAUUCUGGACGUUUACAACUCUCUAUUCAAUGAUUUCAAGAAUCAUUUCAACCCAAAUUAUGGGGAAAUUGAUAACAAGUGUGCUCUUGAAAUGAGUGCAAAAGUGUAUGAGACAACAAAAGACCUUGUUAUAGUAAAUGCAGAGGGUGCAAAUAUAGGACCCAAUAUAUACAGAAAAAUAUGUAAUGGAGACUAUAUAUUCCCAGAAAACUGUGAAUUCUUCUGUAGGGAUACGAAGGAAAUAUCUCAAUGUUUGUCUACUAAAAAAUUUGAUCUGAUUCUUCUUGAUCCACCUUGGUGGAAUAAGUAUAUUCGCAGAAAAAGGAAAAGAAGUUCCCACGCUUAUGAAAUGAUGUAUAACAAAGAUUUGAAGGAUUUAAAUCUCGAAAGUCUAUUGAAUGAAAAUGGUUUGAUAGUGGUUUGGUGUACUAAUUCGCCUCAGCAUAUCAGUGCCUUGAAAGAUGAAAUAUUUCCUAAAUGGGGUGUUCAAUUUAUCUCAAAAUGGUAUUGGCUGAAAGUUACUAAAAGGGGUGAACCCAUAUGUAACUUUUCUGAACCUCCUGGAAAGCAGCCUUUUGAGCAGAUCAUUUUUGGAUGUAGAAACAAUCGUAGUAUAUUGAAUCCUCCAAACAAAAAAUUAGUCUUGAGUGUACCUAGUGCCCUGCAUUCCCAUAAACCUCCUCUGGUUGAUUUAUUGAAAAUGUAUGUACCUGAAUCGCCAAAGUGUUUGGAGAUUUUUGCCAGGUAUCUCCUUCCAAACUGGACUAGUUAUGGCAAUGAAGUUUUAAAAUUUCAACACGAGAGUUUAUAUGAUGAUAUACCAAAGGAAAUUUAUUAAUAUGAGAGGAGUAUAACAGAUUGCUAGAAACUUUCAGACAGAAGUCUAGUGAAUUGUGAUAUUUUGAACCAUUACUUAUAAUCAAUGUGAAUAAAUAAGAGGUUGUACAUGAA